UCUCUCUAUGAUGUCUCUUCUGUUGUGGACCCCACUUCCUUUUUUCUAUUAAUUUCUUUUUUUUUUUCCAAAAAAUAUUUUCCCUUUCCUUCUCGAACCCACGUUUUUCUUUUUUCCUUCCCACCCUUCUCUUCCUUAUCAUUUACUCUCCUUACCCAGAAACUUCUAGAAACAACAAAACCUCUCUCUCUCUCUCUCUCUCUCUCUCUCUACCCGGUGGCUUUGCUGAGCUUCUCACGUUGCAGUGACGGAGGUCAUUUUCAGGCACGGCGGUGUUCUUUACUUCUCCGAUUCCAAUACCUGAUUCUCCCUCGGUGUGUUUUUCUUCGGUUUCUAAUCCGGAGGGAAGUUUAAUUGAUCAGAUUGAGAGGAGACUUGUUGAAAAUCGGAGAUCCUUGUGGUUCAGAUCUGGGAGAAGAGGCGAUGGCUCCGUCGCCGGCGGAACCGAUCGGCGAUUCUGGAACAGGAGAUUCUCAGAGAUCUAUACCUACGCCGUUUCUAACCAAAACUUAUCAACUGGUUGAUGAUCCGGCUGUGGAUGAUCUUAUCUCGUGGAAUGAAGAUGGAUCUACCUUCAUAGUUUGGCGACCCGCCGAAUUUGCUCGAGAUUUACUUCCUAAAUACUUUAAACACAAUAAUUUCUCUAGUUUCGUCCGCCAACUCAACACUUACGGAUUCCGAAAGGUUGUGCCGGACCGAUGGGAAUUUGCGAAUGAUUGUUUCCGGAGAGGUGAGAAAGGACUUCUCCGUGACAUUCAGCGGCGGAAAGUAGCGCUGUCGUUAACAACAACGACCGCGACGGCGACGCCAGCUGCGGUGGCUGUGCCGGUAGCGGUGGCGGCGUCUCCAGCAGUGUUGGCUCACGUGAUAUCGCCGGCGAACUCUGGGGAAGAGCAGGUUACGUCCUCGAACUCUUCACCGAUGACAUUUCAGCGAGGUACGAGCUGCACAACGACGCCGGAACUUGUGAGAGAGAACGAGCGGCUAAGGAAGGAGAAUAUGCAACUGAGUCACGAGUUGACUCAGUUGAAAGGACUCUGCAACAACAUACUUUCUUUGAUGACGAAUUACGCUUCAGAUCACAACCAUCAGUUGGAAUCGGUGAGUGUCCGGGACGGGAAGGCACUGGAGCUUUUACCGGCGAGACAGGUGAUGGAAGACGAAGGCGCCGUCAGCGACGGAGCUCAAGAGGUGAGACUGAAGAUGGAGGAGACGAUGGCAGCGGCGGUAGGAAUGACGCCGAAACUGUUCGGAGUAUCGAUCGGAGUGAAGCGGAUGAGGAGAGAGGAACAAGAUGAAGAAGAAGAGAUGGUGGGGCAAAACCAUGUACAGUCGGAAGAAGGUGAGACCGGGUCAGAGAUCAAAGCUGAACCGUUGGAUGAAAACUCUGAAAAUCCAGAGGGAUCCGCGUCGCCGUGGCUGGAACUCGGAAAUCAAGGCUCUUGACAUGAAACGACGUCGUCGAGGGAGUUGGAAAAAUGCCGUCGUUCCGAUGGGCUGUCGUCAUAAAUGACGGAGAAAAAGAAGAUAAGGUUUUUUUUUUUUUUAUCCUUGGAAAAUAGAAGAUGGCAGAGACAAGAGGAGACCAAAACGGGCCUAGACAGAACGAAGAAUCUCACGUGCCAAACACGCGAGUUGGAAAAUAUACAAAUUUUACAAUAUUUAUUUGUUUUUAAUUUAUUUUUCUUUCUUUGAUCUCUUCUUGACGGGCUUAGGAUGGUUGGUCCUUGUGGAAGACGAAACCGUGGAAAAUCCACCGGCUGGGUCGGUCGGUGAAACGGGUAAAAUGACGGAAAAACCCAAGAAGAAGGGUAGUAUCAGUAUGUAAUUUUUAAUUUAAGUACGGAAGAAGGGAAAAAAAAAACCCCGUCAGUUAUGUGGUUCUCUUGUUUCCCGGUGUCCGGUAGCGGGUUCGAAUGUGACGUGUAUUGUAUGGGCUAGCCCAAUGUAACGUCUUUCCUUUGGUGUUUACCAUUUUUUUACCGUUUGAUUGAGGAAAAUAGCAACUUCAAUUUUGUGAAUAUAAAUUUUGGUAA